GCGAGGAGGCGGAGGCGGAGGAGGAGGAUGAAGAACGACGGAAGAAGCGGUGGUCGGGGCUGUUGCGCGCUUCCCGGUUUAGUGUUUCUUGCUACCUGCGCCGCCGAGGAGCGUAUUGAGAUACAUAUGGAAUAAUAAUUCAAGGAGACCUAAAAUGGAAAAGUCAUGGAUGUUGUGGACCUUUAUUGAAAGAUGGCUAUUCUCCUUAGCUUCAUGGUCUUGGGCCCUCUGCCGUAUUUCUCUUUUACCUUUAAUAGUGACUUUUCAUCUGUAUGGAGGCAUCACCUUACUUGUGUUAAUAUUUGUAUCGAUAGCAGGUAUUCUAUAUAAAUUUCAGGAUGUAUUGCUUUAUUUUCCAGAACAGCCAUCAUCAUCCCGCCUUUAUGUCCCUAUGCCCACUGGCAUUCCACAUGAAAACAUUUUCAUCAGAACCAAAGAUGGAGUGCUUCUCAACCUUAUUUUGCUGAGAUACACUGGAGAUGAUUCAACAUAUUCCCCAACUAUCAUUUAUUUUCAUGGAAAUGCAGGCAAUAUUGGUCACAGGUUACCAAAUGCUUUGCUUAUGCUGGUUAACCUGAAAGUUAACCUUUUACUUGUAGAUUAUAGAGGUUAUGGAAAAAGUGAAGGUGAAGCAAGUGAAGAAGGACUCUACUUAGAUUCUGAAGCUGUACUGGACUAUGUGAUGACCAGACCUGACCUUGAUAAAACAAAAAUUUUUCUUUUUGGUCGUUCCUUGGGGGGAGCAGUGGCUGUUCACUUAGCUUCUGAAAAUUCCCAUAGGAUUUCAGCCAUCAUGGUAGAGAACACGUUUCUAAGCAUACCACAUAUGGCCACUACUUUAUUUUCUUUCUUUCCAAUGCGGUAUCUUCCUUUGUGGUGCUACAAAAAUAAAUUCCUGUCCUACAGAAAAAUCUCUCAGUGCAGAAUGCCUUCUCUUUUCAUCUCUGGGCUCUCAGACCAGUUAAUUCCACCAGUAAUGAUGAAGCAGCUUUAUGAACUUUCACCAUCUCGGACUAAGAGAUUAGCAAUUUUUCCUGAUGGAACUCAUAAUGACACAUGGCAGUGCCAGGGUUAUUUCACUGCACUUGAACAGUUCAUCAAAGAAGUUAUAAAAAGUCAGUCCCCUGAAGAAAUGACAAAGACUUCAUCUAAUGUAACAAUUAUAUAAUAUUCUUUUUCUGAUUAAUGCACUGUAUCUUUAUUUGUGCAAAGUGAUAAAGAAUGUUAAUUUUUAAAUGUGUAUUAUGUAUGUACUUGCCUAAAGAGUAAAAUUAAACUUUGAAAGGUCUUUAAUACUUCUCUGUGAUGAUCCAGAUAGUUUUUACAUUUGGAAAACUGUCAUUAUUGGAAUAGUUUCAUACAUUUUCAUCAAACCUUUCAAUAUGGAUAUGUAUCCAUAUUUUAUUAUGGCAGUAUAACGGAGACUAUUCAGAAGUUCCUGGUUAUAGCAGCGGUAAUAUUCUAUAAUCUAUGCUAUUCUUAUACUUUGGGGUGGGGGGGAGGGAGGAGAUGGGAAGAAAAAGUUGAGAUAUCAAGACAUUUUUCCGUAUUCUUCACUUUAGGAAAUAUUGGGACAAUCAUGGUUAGCAAACUAUGUUCUGUAACUGCAUAUUUCACUUCAAGAAUUAAUACAAAAUGCAUGACAGUGUUUUAUUCCCCAAAUUAUGCAAUUUAACAUUUUUAAUGUAAAUAGCACCAGUAGUAUACUAGUGUAUACUAUAAUCUGGGUUAUAUCUAUUUUUAUGUAAACAUUUUAUUACAUGUUUGUCAAAAAGAUAAACCAUAAGACCUAUGUGCAGGGUGCCAUUGACUUAGCUUCUGUGAGUGCUGAGGUCUUUUCCCCCCCGCGUAGUAAGAAAUAGAAGUCCUUAUUCAAAUGUAAUCAUAGUAUUUCUGUUGGGUACAACCAAAAUCCUUGGCAUGUAAAAAUAGAUAUUUAGAAUUUUA